AAUUGUGACCCUAUCAGUCCAGAGUUAUCACAACGCAUAAAAUAAAAAGAUAUCGUUCUUCCGGCCCCCUUCGAUAAUUCCACGAGUGCAGGAGUUGAACGGAAUUAUAUUAAAACUAGGGUCGACACAUUGAGCCAGUCAGUCUUCUCCGAUCAGCAGGACGAACAUGACGUUUUUAUUUUUGUUGCCGCUGCUCUUGUCGCUCGGGUUUUUCGGCCAAAGCGCUGCAGAGACGAACAGCGAGAAGAAGCCCAACAUCAUUUUCAUAAUUGCUGAUGACCUGGGCUGGAACGACGUCGGCUUUCACGGCUCCAAUCAGAUUCCGACGCCCAACAUCGACGCGUUGGCCUAUUCAGGGGUCAUCUUGAACAAUUACUAUGUCAUGCCUGUCUGCACACCCUCCAGAAGUGCUCUCAUGACUGGCAAGCAUCCAAUUCACACAGGAAUGCAGCACAGGGUGAUUUUCGCCAACGAGCCGUACGGUUUGCCAUUGGAGGAGAAACUCUUGCCUGAGUAUUUGCGCGAGCAAGGCUACAAAAACCACAUUGUGGGCAAGUGGCACUUGGGUCACUUCCAAAAAGAGUACACGCCGCUGCACCGAGGGUUCGAUUCCCAUUUUGGGUACUGGUCUGGACACCAGGACUAUUACGACCAUACUGCUCAAGAGAGCCUAUAUUAUUGGGGUUACGACAUGCGUCGGGGGAUGAAUGUGUCAUACGACAGCAGAGGCAAGUACACAACCACCCUGUUGACGGAAGAGGCUGUCAAAGUUGUGCACCACCACAACACUUCCGAGCCGCUGUUCCUCUACCUGUCUCACUUGGCCACACACUCGGCUAACCCUUACUUGCCCUUACAAGCGCCCGAUGACGUUGUGAAAAAAUUCAGUUACAUCGAGGACAAAAACCGAAGAAUAUUCGCAGCCAUGCUCUCCCUGCUGGAUGAAUCAGUGGGCGAGGUGACGAAGGCGUUGAAUGAAAAAAACAUGCUCAACGACUCGAUAAUUAUUUUCACGACCGACAAUGGUGGGCCUGCCGGCGGAUUCAAUUUGAACGCGGCCAGCAACUGGCCCCUCAGAGGAGUCAAAGAUUCGCUCUGGGAAGGAGGAGUUCGCGGUGCUGCCCUGAUUUGGAGUCCGUUAAUAAAAAACACGCCGCGCGUUUCGCACCAACUAAUGCACAUUCAAGACUGGUUGCCUACUUUGCUGAGCGCCAUUGGCGAUAAAGGCGCAGUUUCUGAUGAAAUUGACGGUCAAGACGUUUGGGAGGCCAUCAAUGACCCUGAGAAGGGCACUUACGACGACCUGCUUCUCGUCAUAGACAAUCAGAGAAACCUCUCUGCCUUAAUUAAACGGAAAGAUGAGGAAAUGUGGAAACUGUCGCAAGGAACGAUAAUGGAUGGUAAAUUUGACAAGAGAAUCGGACCUGACGGCAGAGAUUACAAAUACGACUGGGAAGGUUUGAAAAAUGGCUUUGUGGCUCAAGCCAUUAAAAAAACUAAAUGCGCUCUGCCUACUAUCAAAAACAUCGAAACAAUGAGACAGAAAUCCCAAAUCUAUUGUUCAAAAAAAAAUAAUCUAAAUGUGUCCGAGAGUCGAAGGUGUCGCCCAGAAUGGGGAGAAAUUUGCUUAUUCAAUUUAGACGACGACCCGUGCGAAUUGAAUAAUUUGGCCAAGGAGCAGCCAAACAUUGUCAAGGAGAUGUUGGAGUUGCUCCAAAAAUUCAACGACACUCUUGUUCCUCCAAGAAACCAACCUCGCGACCCAGCCAGCAACCCAAAGUGCUGGGACAACGUUUGGCUCAAUUGGAUGGACUAUCCAAAACCAAUCGCAUGCCAAUCUCAAUGAAAAUAAACUGCUAAAUGUAAUGGACAGGUUUAUAAGUUUUUAUACUAAAUUGUAAUAAAAAGUUGGAGAUUUUUAUUAUACAUAA